AUGAAGAGAAUUGUGGAUGAUCUUGGUGAUGACUACUUUGCUAUAUUAGCCGAUGAAUCUAGUGAUGUGUCCCAAAAGGAACAAUUGGCUCUUUGUUUGCACUAUGCUGAAAAAAAAAGUGGAAAGGUAGUUGAACGAUUCAUUGGUAUUGUUCAUGUUGGUGAUACUACAUCUUUGUCUCUUAGAAGUGCAAUUAUGGCUUUACUUGUUGAACAUUCAUUAAGCCCAUCCAAGAUUCGAGGGCAAGGAUAUGAUGGGGCUAGUAACAUGAAGGGUGAGAUACAUGGACUCAAGACUUUGAUCAUGAAAGAUUCUCCAAGCGCUUACUAUGUGCAUUGCUUUGCCCACCAGCUUCAACUAACAUUGAGAAAUGAAUUGCUUCGCGAAGUUCAAGCACAAAAAGUUGCUCAAGCCUUGGAAAUUGGUGAACUUGAAUCAGGAUCAGAGUUGAAUCAAGAACUUAGUUUGAAGAGGCCUAGAGACACUCGUUGGAGUUCUCACUACAAGACUCUUUUGAAUAUCAUUAACUUAUUUUCUACAAUUUUUGAAGUUCUUAUGAUGAUUGGAAAGAAAGAUUCCGCUUACGAUGAUAAGGGAAAAGCUCAAGGCAUUUUGUACUUACUAGAGUCAUUUGAUUUCAUGUUUAUGGCACAACUAAUGACUACUAUAUUUAGGUACACUAACAAUUUGUGUCUUGCUUUGCAAAGAAGAGAUCAAGACAUCAUUGAUGCUAUGAGGCUUGUCACUUUAACCAAAGAUCAACUACAGAAAAUGAGGGAGGAUGGAUGGGAGAUUCACUUGAACAAGGUAAUCUCAAUUUCCAAUAAGCAUGACAUUGUUGUUCCAGAUAUGAAAGCUCACUACAGCCCUCAUGGAAGAUCAAAACGUUUUGUUCAACAAGUUUCAUAUCUUCAUCAUUUUCGUGUUGAUGUGUUUAUCAAAGUGAUUGACUUAUUACUUCAAGAACUUGAUAAUCGAUUCGAUGAAGUUAAUAUGGAGUUGAUCAGAUGUAUGGCUUGCUUCAAUCCUAAAGAUGACUUCUCUUCUUUUGACAAGGAAAAAGUACUCAAACUUGCCACUUUUUAUCCUUCCGAUUUUUCAAACAUUGAUUUGAUGGACCUUGAGUGCCAACUUGAUUUAUUCAUUGGAGAUAUGAGAAGUGAUGAAGACUUUCGGAAUUUGCGAGAUAUUAGUUCUCUUUUGGUGAAGCUUGUUGAAACAAAAAAAAAGGACGUGGCUUAUUCGCGUGUGGCUUUGCUUAUCAAGUUGAUUUUGAUUCUUCCGGUUGCCACUGCAAGUGUAGAGAGAGUGUUUUCUGGAAUGACGUUUGUGAAGAAUAAGUUGCGAAAUAGUAUGGGUUAUCAACCUUUGAAUGAUUGUUUGGUCACUUUCAUUGAGAAAGAUGUGUUUCUACAAGUAUCCGAUGACGAUGUAGUGAAUCGUUUUGAAGCAAUGAAGACUCGUCGAAAAAUAAAUUAG